UACUUUGGUUUUUUUAAACUUAUUUUAACUAAAUAAUGACGUUUUGUGUUUAUAGAAAUGUCAAAGGUUACAGAAGCAUUGGCUGACCGUGAGAGACAAAUAUGUGAACUGGAUUUGGAGAAAAAGAAGAAUUCAAGUGAUGCAGUAAGACUGAGCGCAGAAGCGAGGGACCUGCAGAGCCACCUUGACACGCUCUAUAUGUUGACUGAAUGGAGGCUUGAAGAGCAGGACAACUCUUCAGUCUUCUCAUUCCUCAAUGGGACCUUCUUCCUGCUGUUGGAGUAUGAAAAGACCAGUGGAAAUGACGGCGACAGCAAACCUGAGAAGAGAUUGACAAACAUCGGCUUCGAAUUUAAUCUCAACGAGGAAAUGUCCCACUGCUAUGCUCGCCUUGUCCAUAAUCUGGUCUCCCAGUACAUUCAGGGGGAGUCCGGCUGGUUGGAGAAAUACCCCACCAGUGGAGACGUUCCACAGCUUCUCCAUGACGUCAGCCUGGUGGUGAGCCGCUGCCGCCUGCUGGGGGAGGAGGUGCGUCUGCUGAAGACGUGGGGAAGUCUUCGCUUCGACAUCCUCGACAUGAGCUGCUCAGGGACCCACGUGCACGUGGUGUUCAGCAGCCUCAAGGCGUCUUCCAAGUUUGAGGUGGUCUUUGCUGCCCAGUUGAUCAACAAGCUCUGCGUCUUCCACGUGCAAAGCUUUAAAAACGUCUUUGGAAACACAACGAUCCAACAAAUCGAAGAAAUUGUGGCUUCGCUGAGUCCAGGAAGGGACCUGUUUACGCGGAUCAUCAAGAAGCUUCAUGCAACGCUACUUUCUUAGCAGCAUUACGUCCAAGAUCACAUCUACGCCCUAAUUAUUUGUAAUCAAACAUUGUACUUAUUGAUAAUAAAAGCUUAAAUAUUUUCUCAAGCA